GGACGAAUUGCCUUGAGGCAAAAUUAGAAAUAUAUACAGACAGAAUCCACGUUGAAACAAGAAAUUGAAGAAUAACAGUCAUGGGGAAUGGAAUGAACAAGAUAAUUGGUGGAGUGUAUGUGGGAAAUUUCAGGGAUUCUAAAGACAUUGAUCAGCUAACAAAGAACAACAUCACCCAUAUUCUGUCCAUUCAUGACAACGCAAAGGCUCUCAGAGAAGACCGUGAAUACCUAUGUAUAGUCGCAAGUGACACCCCGGAACAGUCUUUGGUCGAGUUCUUCCCAGAAUGCAUAGACUUUAUUCACAAGGCGCGACUUAGUGGAGGGAAUGUCCUUAUACACUGUCUGGCAGGGGUAUCAAGAAGUGUCACAGUAACUGGCGCCUACCUGAUGACAGCUACAAAACUGGGCUGGAGAGAUGCUCUCAACUGUAUAAGAGGGGCACGAAACUGCGCUCAACCAAAUUAUGGCUUCCAAAAACAGCUUCAGGAAUAUGAGAACGAAAAUCUUGAAAAGGCAAGGGCAGAGUUUAAAGCAAAAUAUCCUGACAGUCCAUUUGAUGAUGCUAGGGACUGUGAGAUUAACUUAAAGAGCUACAGACACUUCUUAUCAACAGGGGAGACGAGUCCAGGCCCAGAGUUAUAUGCCUUGCCCCAUAGAGCAUAUGGAGACAGAAAAAGGGGGAACAACUCCAGCACCAAUCUGGUGAAUAAGGGGGAAAUAAAUGAAAAGUUAGGGGAUAGCCCUGUUAACAAGGAAAGUAACUCUGGCAAUAUAGAUAUGAACAAAGAAGGUAAAACGUGUAGUGACAAUUUAGAUGGCAUUAGUCAAGAAAAGGGGAGUCACUCUGGCAAUGAAGAUGCUUUCAAGGGAGAUAAAUGUGACAAAUCUGAAGAAAGUGAUGGAUUGUCAGUCCUAAAGGGAAAGAUUGAAUGUGCCUGUGUUUCUGGUGAAAACUGUGAAUGUGAAAACUCUUAGCAACAAUAUCGGGGCGUUUACUCCACUCCACUGCAAUAUAUGAGCUGCCUUUGCUGUAAACAUUCUAAGAAGGAAGUUAUUUCACUUUAAUGCACCAGUCAAUCGUAACCACGGUCUCUCCAGGUCCGGGGGUAUACCGGGGAUAGCCGGGGAAAUGGGCCGUGAUUUUACCUUUCAGGUGGCCCCGCAGUGCCGGGUGAAUGCAGUGGUUUUGUCUUUGCGCCAAAAAUGGCCGGGAAUGGGCCUUACUUAGAGUCCCUGGUGUGCGGGGGCAUUUGGCGGUGAUUUUACCAGCAGUGUGUCCACGCAGGACGGGGAUCUUACCCUGGCUUGCCUGGACCGAAAGUCCUGCUAUUCCCAGGACCUGGGGGGCCGUGGUUACAAUUGACUGGUGCAUAAGCUGUGAGGAAAAUACCAGUUUUCCAAUAUUUGGGAUUUGUUUGUGCAAUGGCCCUACUUAAAACAUAUUGACUCUAGGCUAAGUCCAAGUUUCAGAAUAGUGCCAAACAGUAGGAUGCCAAAAUAUAAUGUGAUAUAUUGAAAUUCUAAUCUCGACUCUACUGAUGAUAUGCAUAUCAUAUAAAUGUGCCUUUUAUGUGAUUUUCAAUCAUAUUUUUACAGAAAAUCAUAUUUAUGUGUAUGUUUAAUUCAUUCUUUUAUACAAUUUGCUAGCAUGUACUUAUAGUAUGUUUAUAAAACAAGAUUCAUUCUGCUAGUGACACUGUCACAUGAUUUUUAGCUGGAUUUUGAACAAAAACUUGAGGGUUAUAAAAUGGCGAAAACCAAUGGGAGGUUGUACGGGCUGGUGGGCUUUAACAAUUCUGUGUAAAAGAUUUUAAUCAUAUAAAAAUGCAUUACCGCAUUGGCGACUUGCUGGACUUUUUGAUUCAUAUUUUUUUUCUUAUUCAGUUUUUGAUGUGUUCUAUAAUACAGAUGAUAAUUGUUUGUAACUUUGAAAGAUUGAAAUAUAUUUCAACGAGUGACCACUAAAAGCUAUAUUUAAUGAGUGGCGUAUUGUCACAUCAUAUAAUAUUUCAUUUUUAGAAGCUAACAACGAUUCUGUUAACAUUAACUUAACAAUGUUGUUAUAUUUAACAACGUUCUGAACAUUGGCCCACAGUUUAUAUUUUACAGUAAGGUACAGUUACAUGUUUUAGACAGUAUAUAUCAUAUGUUCUGACAAUUUUAUGAAAUAUUUCUAUUGAAUGUUGAUUGCAAAUUGUAAGGUUUUAAAUAUGAUUGUAAACAAUCUUGUUAUGACAUAAUAAAAUGCUGUGCAAUACACUUUAAGUCGAUACUUAGUGUUCUGAUAAUUCCUAGUUUAUCAUGCCUUAAAAAUACCUGUGCACAGGUUGUCCUACCUGGCAAAGCCCCUGGACCCUAGAGUUUUUUUACGACCCAAAUCCGAUGUUUCGUUUUUUGGUUGAAUUAAACCAUCUGGGUUGAUUACAAUUUAAACCAGUAAGUAUUAAUUAUUCAAUACACAAUAUACCAAAACAUCAUACAUGUAGUUAAGAUUCGCGGCUUACCUUGCUGUUUGGACUGAACGAAAAACAAUAAAAUAAAAUAUUUGUCCUUACCCCAAUUAGCAUUUUUGAGAACGUUGCUUUCAUCUCAGAUAUUUUAGGCCAUAGUUUGUUUCGUCUUAAAAUCAUGUUGAGAACUAGAAUUCACACUGAAUAAAGUUACUUUAAUAUCUA